CAGUUUCCAUUACUUCAUUCAUUUUUGGUCUGUACUCCACUGAGGUCCUCUCCUAAUCCCAAAAAGAAAAACUUGUAAAUCGCUGACAAAGCUUCGCAAUCCGAAUCAAUGUCAGGCCAAGAACCGCCUCUGCCGUCCCAAUCGGAACAAUCUCAGGAAGACGAUUCCACAUCAGUUAGCAAGAAGGCCGCCAAGAAGGAAGCCGCCAAGCUAGAGAAGCUGCGCCGCCGCCAGGAAGCCGCAUUGGCCACUGCCGCCGCAUCGCUUUCCGUCGAGGAAGACCCGCUUUCGGACAACUACGGCGAUGUGCCGCUGGUCGAGCUCCAGUCGAAGACUCCUUCUGACAUCAACAGCUGGACCGAGGUUGGCGCGCUUAACGAGGCCCUGAAGGACCAGCAUGUGCUUGUACGUGGUCGUGCUCAGACGAUCCGAUCGGUCAGCAAGAACAUGGCCUUCGUUGUCGUCAGAGAGAGGGGUUUCACCGUACAGUGCGUGAUUACGGCGAUUCCCGACGUCGUUAGCCGCCAGAUGGUGAAGUUCGUUUCCGGGUUGAGUCGCGAGUCCAUUGUAGAUGUGGAAGGAAUUGUCUCGGUCCCCAAAGAUCCCAUCAAGGGAGCCACACAACAGGUAGAGGUUCAAGUGAGAAAACUGUACUGUGUGAACAGGGCAUUGCCGACCCUACCUAUCAUCGUUGAAGAUGCUGCCCGAAGCGAGAUUGAGAUUGAAAAAGCUUUGCAGGCUGGAGAACAACUUGUUCGCGUUAAUCAGGAUACACGUUUGAAUAAUAGAGUUAUUGACAUUCGAACACCUGCUAACCAAGGAAUUUUUCGCAUUCAGAGUCAAGUUGGAACCAUAUUUAGACAGUUCUUGCUUUCUGAAAACUUUUUCGAAAUCCAUACUCCAAAGUUAAUAGCUGGCUCCAGUGAGGGUGGUGCUUCUGUAUUUAGACUGGACUACAAAGGGCAACCUGCUUGCCUAGCUCAGUCGCCUCAGCUUCACAAGCAAAUGGCGAUCUGCGGUGAUUUUGGGCGUGUUUUUGAGAUUGGUCCUGUAUUUAGAGCAGAGGACUCUUUCACUCACAGACAUUUGUGUGAAUUCACUGGUCUUGAUGUUGAAAUGGAGAUCAAGAAUCACUACUUUGAGGUAAUGGAUGUUGUAGACCGGUUAUUUGUUGCAAUGUUCGAUGGCUUGAACAAGAAUUGUGAGAAAGAGCUUGAAGCUGUUGGGAAGCAAUAUCCAUUUGAACCUCUAAAGUACUUGAGGAAGACUCUUCGGCUUACAUUUGAAGAGGGUGUUCAAAUGCUCAAAGAUGCUGGUGUUGAAGUUGAUCCUCUAGGGGACUUGAACACCGAGACAGAGAGGAAGUUGGGGAAGCUAGUUUUAGAAAAGUACGGUACUGAGUUCUACAUACUUCACCGAUACCCUUUGGCUGUUCGACCAUUCUAUACAAUGCCUUGCUAUGAUAACCCAGCCUACAGCAAUUCAUUUGAUGUCUUCAUUAGAGGCGAGGAGAUCAUUUCAGGGGCACAGCGUGUCCACGUACCAGAGUUAUUGGUAGAACGUGCAGAGGCGUGUGGAAUUGAUGUAAAGACGGUAUCAACAUAUAUCGACUCUUUCAGAUAUGGCGCGCCACCACACGGCGGGUUUGGAGUAGGGCUGGAGCGUGUGGUGAUGCUGUUCUGCGGUUUGAAUAACAUCCGGAAAACUUCAUUGUUCCCUCGCGACCCACUCAGGAUUGCUCCCUGAUAGGGCUGACACUGAAAAUUUCUGACGCAGAUCACAACUUGUUUUGCCGAGACUUUAAGGGGUUUUUUUUCUUGUUUUGCUGAUGUGAAAAUUAAAAUUAAGCAUUAUCUUUUGGACGAGAUGUAGCUUCUUGUUUGGCCUCUCAUGGUAUGUAUUAAAAGCUCAACAUAAAGCGAUGGUGGUGAACAUGAAUGAACAUCAUUCAAAUUUACUAGAA